GGGGAUCCCCUGCUGCUCCUCUCUCCUCUCCUGCUGGGCUCCUCACCCCUCCUCCUCCAAGGGCGCAGCUCUAUUCCCCCUUUUUAUUUGAAGUAGCCCUAUUCAUACUGGUUGGCUAUUUUCUUUUCAUUGUGGCCACCAAGUGCUGAUGCCUCCCUGCUGCAGCUAAAGGCUUCCCAUCCACCCUCUUCCCUGCAGAUCCAUCUCAGCCAUUGGAUUGUGAAUCCACAGGACUCACGGCAGCUCCACCUGACAUCAGAUCCUCCAGCUCUCUGCAGCCCUCCAGCAGCACCUCUUGGCCAUUCCAGAGACCCUUCAGCCCAGCAGCAGAUUUUAAAUGCCUUUCCCAACCAUGAAAAGGAUUUUGAGGAUCCCCAAUCGUUCAGUGCUGGCCAUCCUCUUCCUCUUUUCCUUGUCCUCCUCUUUCCUCUACUUCAUCUAUGCUGCCCCUGGAAUUGUUAACACCUACCUGUUCAUGAUGCAAGCCCGUGGGAUCAUUAUCCGGGAGAACAUGAGAACGAUUGGUGCCCAGGUCUACGAGCAGGUGGUCCGCAGUGCAUAUAACCGGAGGAACAGCAGCAUCAAUGAUACAGAUUACGGACUUGAUUUUAAUCACAGCGAAUCCUAUCUCCAAACAACCACUUUCCUCCCAGAAGAUUUCACCUACCUGCCCAACCAAUCUUGCCCCGAGCGACUCCCAUCUAUGAAAGGGCAAAUAGAAGUGAACGUGAGUGAGAUUCAGAUGAACGAUGUCCGGCAGAUGUUCUCCAGUGAUGGAAUUCAGAUGGGGGGCCAUUGGAAGCCCAGUGACUGCAUCCCGCGAUGGAAGGUGGCAAUUCUUAUCCCGUUCCGAAAUCGGCACGAGCACCUCCCUGUUCUUUUCAAGCACUUGAUCCCGAUGCUUCAGAGACAGCGCUUGCAGUUUGCCUUUUAUGUAAUAGAGCAGGCGGGCAACCAGCCUUUCAACCGCGCCAUGCUGUUCAACGUUGGCUUUUUAGAAGCAAUGAAAGACCUUGACUGGGACUGCAUGAUAUUUCACGAUGUCGAUCACAUACCGGAAAGCGAUCGGAAUUAUUAUGGCUGCGAGCACAUGCCAAGGCACUUUGCUGCCAAGCUCGAUAAAUACAUGUACCUGCUGCCAUACAACGAGUUCUUUGGUGGCGUGAGUGGUUUAACGGUGGAACAGUUCCGGAAAAUCAACGGUUUCCCCAAUGCUUUCUGGGGUUGGGGAGGCGAAGACGAUGACCUUUGGAACAGGGUGCAAUAUGCAGGCUACACUGUGACCCGGCCAGAGGGAGAUCUCGGAAAAUAUAAAUCUAUACCCCACCAUCAUCGGGGUGAAGUCCAGUUCCUUGGAAGGUACGCGUUACUACGAAGAUCCAAAGAACGGCAAAGCAUGGACGGCCUCAAUAACUUGAACUAUUCUCCAAAUAUCACCUACGACACCUUCUAUAAAAACAUCACAGUACAUUUGACUCCAGAGCUGGCUCUGGUGAGCGAUUAUUAGGAACAGCAGAGACCUCGAAGCGCCUGCAUCAUCCUUGUUUUUUGCCAAGAAAAAGAGCGAAAUGUUCACUCUUAACUGAGGACAACAGCAAAAAAAAAAAAUCGACAAAAACAAAGAAAAGAAUCGCUGUCGAGCAAAAAAGCGUGCGUCAUUUCAAGGAGAACUUCGUGGUCAAGACUUGAGUGUGCAUUUUCCAGAAAAAAAAAAAAA